UUUAAGAAGUAGUGUGUGUAUGCCGACAAAUAUAAAAAAAUUUCUUAUAUUAUAAAAUUGGUGCUUUGUAUGUGUGGUGCUUCUUAUAUUAUUUUAUGUUAAGGAAAACUCUACAGGAGAUUUGUACAUUGAAAUUCAAUUUGAUUAAUAAAAUUUUUGAAGAUUUCACCACAAAAAUAUCAAAACUUAAUACUUUAAAUGGCUACACUACUGUCAAAGAAAAUUACAAAAUUAAAAUUACUUAUUGGAUUAUCAAUAUGGUCAUUAAUAAUAUUAAUAAUAUUUAAAUUACAUAAUAGUAAAACAUCAAUAAUAGAACAUUUAAAUUUGCAAUCAUCAAUAAAUGGUGGACGUAUUCUAUUACAAAAGAAUUCAGCAUUCAAUAAAUAUUUUUUAGAUAUAAUUUCAACGACAACAUCAACAAUAUCAACAACAUCAUCAAUAUCAUCAUCAAUCAUUAAUAUUGGACAUUCAUAUGAUUCAUCUGAAAUAUUAAUUGAUAAUCGUCCGCCAUUAGAUGAAGAUCAAGUAAUUAAAGAUGUUGAAACAAGAUUACCAUCAUUACCAAUUGCAUAUUGGAAUAAAAAUAAAAAUUUUUUACAACAGAAAUCUGCUCAAAAGAAUAUUAAAUGUGCAAAAUAUCCAUCAAUUUAUGAAUUAGAAUUUAAUAAUAUUUAUUGGCAAACCCAACAUACAACAAAUGGUACAUUUCAAUUAUUUGGUGCCUAUUAUGAUAUUAGAAAAAAAUCAAAAUUAGGACCAGCUGUACGUAUACUUGGUAUGAUAAAUCGUAUUGAACCAAAAAUUAAAACAUAUUGUCAAUUUUGGUUUGAUGGACAAAAAGAUCCGGCAAUUGUUAAAACUUUUGAAUAUAAAUAUAUUUGGCAUAAAUCAUGGGGUAAUUAUAAACAGGGAAUUUAUCAACCAUAUUUAAUUGCAUGCCGUUUACCAAAACCAUUUUAUGGUGUUGUACCAUCAUCGGUAUCAAUUGUUGAAGAUAAAUGUGCAACAGCUACAAAUAAUUUACGUGUUCUAUAUAAUCGACCAGAUGAUGAUAAAAAGAAAAAUUUUGCAAUAUGUGUGAAAGGAUUAGAUUUUCUAUAUGAUGAUAUGUCAACAAGAUUAGUUGAAUGGAUUGAAUUAUUAAGUAUAUUGGGAGCUGAUAAAAUCUUUUUUUAUCAAUUACAAAUACAUCCAAAUAUUUCAAAAGUAUUAGAAUAUUAUGAAAGAAAAGGUAUUGUACAAGUAACACCAAUAACAUUACCAGGUGGCCAACCGAAUGUACCAGGUUUUCAACAUUUAUAUUUACAAAAGAAAUCAUUUCAUAAAAGACAAAAUGAAGUAAUACCGUAUAAUGAUUGUUUUUAUAAAAAUAUAUACCGUUAUAAUUAUAUUGGAUUAUUAGAUAUUGAUGAAGUUAUAAUGCCACUCUAUUAUCAAAAUUGGUUAGAAUUAAUGAAUAAUGAAGUAUUACCGAAAGCGAAAAAAAUUCGUCCAUCUGGUUAUUCUAGUUAUAAUUUUCGUAAUGUUUAUUUUUUAGAUGAUCAUCAUAAACCAGAAUAUGGAUGGUAUCAAGAUAUACCAAAAUAUAUGCAUAUGUUACAGCAUGUAUAUAGAGCGAAAAAUUUUACAAAACCAAAUGAAUUUGUUAAAUGUUUUCAUGAUCCAGAACAUGUUGUUGUAUUACAUAAUCAUUUUCCAUUAGGUUGUUUAGGUGGACCAUGUAAAUCAUAUCCAGUUGAUAUUAGAGUAGCACAAUUACAACAUUAUAGAGCUGAUUGUGUUAAAAGAGUUAAAAAAUUAUGUAAAUAUUAUCGUGAUAAUUCAAUGAAAGAUACAACAAUAUGGCGUUUUAAAGAUGAACUAAUAUGGAGAACACAAAAUUCAUUAAGUGAUUUAGGUUUUAUAUCAAAAAAAUUCUCACAUCAUUAUUAUAAAAUUAGUUAUAGUGUUAGUAAUAGUACAAGUAGUAGUCGUAAUAUUGAUAAUAAAAAUUAUUUUGAAAAUAAUCAUAGAUGAUUAACUAUUGGCUUAAACUAUUAUUAAUUUGGAAUUUAAAUAAAUUAUUGGAAAAUUACUCGUAUAUUAAAUAAUUUUGUGUAAUUAUCGAAUAUGUGUGUAGAUUAAAAUAGAAUUUUCGAAAAUAUAUGUGUGUAGAUUCACGAAUAUAUAAGAAAAAACAAGACAAGCAAAUUUUAGAUAAAUUUUGUAUGUACACAAACACCACUACCAUUAGCAAUAAAUUUCAAUAAAAUA